CUGUUUUCAACCAUAUAACGUUCUAGCAUCCUAUAAAAACAAAUCGAAAAUUAAAAAAAUAGUUACGGUGUUAUCUGUUAAACAAAAUGUCAACUCUCUAAAUCAGUUAAUCCACGACGUUGAAGUAGUGAUAAGCAAAAAGAACGAAUAUUGAUUAUCAUUAUUGUUCCUUAAUUAGUAUAAUCAUUCGAGUAGGAUUGUGACCGGUGUAAUAAAAAGAAAGAAAGAAAUUGGAAAAAAAAUGCCGAUUGAUAUUCCUGCAUUUGCUUAUGCCGCAGCUGUUGCCGGUGGUGGCAUUUUAGGUUACGUAAAAUCACAUUCUAUUCCAUCACUUGCUGCUGGUUUGAUUUUUGGAUCCGCACUUAGCUAUGGAGCUUUUCAAACAUCUAUGGAUCCUACUAAUGUUGGAGUUUUGUUAGGAACAACUACAACGUUAGGUGGUCUUAUGGGAUAUCGUUUUUAUAACACUGGAAAGAUUAUGCCAGCUGGAGUGAUAACGAUAUUAAGCGCUGUAAUGAUGGUAAGGACAGUCACAAGAUAUUUUUCACCACCUGUAAAAUCAAAUUAAACUACCAGCAUUAAACAAGUACACAUACACAUAUAUAUAUACAUAUAUAAUCCAGUCUCAAAUGUAAAAAAAUGUUUUAUUCAGUUCAAAAGUAUAUAUACAUAUAUAUAUAUGUUUAUUUCUUUAUGUAAUUAUUGCAGUAAUCAUUUCUAUGUAUAAUAUACUUAGAAUAUUUUUAUAGAAUAAAUUGAAUGUAAUCUUA